UUUUUACCUAAAAGCAUGAGGUGUGUUUUUAUAUAACUAACAAAUAUACUCACCUAUGCUAUAUAAAUCUUUGUCUCGAGCUGGUAAUCAACAGUACUUGAACAAUCGUUUAGAAGUUCGUGCUUACUGUUACAUUCCUUUCUCUUGUCCAAGCCCAACUGGCCAACUGUUUGAGGUCAACAUGAGUUUUCUGUCUCGAGGUUGGGUGCUUUCAUGGGCUCUGCUACUUUUGGUGUACUCAUCAUCUGCUUUUGGGAAGACUAAAAACAAUGAGAAAUCAGCUGUUUUUCUAUCUCCCAUGUUUGAACUUGGUCCAGGAGCAGUUGCUAAUAAACAUUUCACUGCUGAGUUUCCAAGAGGCCAUAUUGCAGUCAAGAGUUUCAAUGUUGAAGUUGUUGAUGAGGCAGGGAACUCUGUUUCUCUCCAACAAACUUAUCUCCACCAUUGUACUGUCAUAAGAUACCAUCAUCUCAAAAAUGUGACAGACAAAACAGAUAUUGUUGUGUUGAGAAACAGUGGCUUGUGCCAAUUUUAUUCUCUUGAUUACUAUUUUGGUUUUGGAUCUGAAACAAGAGGAACAUCUUCCCACAUUCCAGACCCUUUUGGGAUAGAAGUAGGAAAUCCUGAAGAAAUUCCAAAAGGGUAUGAGGAGAAGUGGCUGAUCAAUUAUCAUGCUAUUGAUACAAGGGGUGUGGCAGAGAGGUUAGGGUGUGUUGAAUGCAGGUGCGACUUGUAUAAUAUUACAACUGAUGGACAUGGAAAACCCUUGAGUCCAGAUUAUGGUGGAGGAAUGUUGUGUUGUCCUGAUGAGACCGAGUGCAGGCUGAGGAAAGGAUUUUUGGGCCCAAAGAGAAAGUUGUACCUGAAAUACACAGUAAAGUGGGUUGAAUGGGACAGUUUUGUGGUCCCUGUUAAGGUUUAUGUGCUUGAUGUGACUGAUACUUUGAACAAAUCUAAAGGACUGAGUCUGCAACAUAAUUGCAAAGUAAGUUUUUUGCUACAAAUUGAGUAUGAUGUUAAACCUUGGAGCAAAGGCCAUGCGAAUGGUAGUGGUUACCUUGAUGUGAAGAGAGCAAGCCUUCCAAUGCCAACUGGUGGUUAUGUCAUCUAUGGUGUUGGUCAUCUGCAUAUAGGUGGAACUGGAUCAACUCUCUAUGGACAGGAUGGGAGAGUUAUAUGCUCUUCAUUACCAAGAUAUGGAACUGGAAAGAAAGUAGGAAAUGAAAAGGGGUACCUUGUUGCAAUGUCCACUUGUUACCCUUGGCCAGGUUCUGGCAAUAUCAAUGAUGGUGAAACUUUAACUCUAGAGAUUACCUACAACAACAGCAUAGGUCACACUGGAGUGAUGGGUCUCUUCUAUAUCUUGGUGGCAGAGAAGCUUCCACACCAUGACCUUUGAUUAUUAUUAUACUUGUUAUGAUUAAAAUAUGUUAUGAUAUUUUGUGGUGUAUGAAUAAGUAAACAAGUUAUGAUGUAAAUAAAGUCAUAUUGGAGGCUUGUAAUUGGUAAGUACCUAUAACUAUACUAGUUGCACCUUCAGAAUAACUCAGCAUUCUUUAUGUAUGAUGAAGAAUGCAAAAAUCUGAUUAUCAAUCA